AUGUUCCGAAACCAGUACGACACGGACGUGACGACAUGGAGUCCUGCGGGGCGGUUGUUUCAGGUGGAGUACGCAAUGGAGGCGGUGAAGCAGGGCUCGGCUGCGAUCGGUCUCCGAUCCAAGACGCAUGUGGUUCUCGCAUGCGUCAACAAGGCCAACUCCGAACUCUCUUCGCACCAGAAGAAGAUCUUCAAGGUCGACAACCACAUCGGCGUUGCCAUCGCCGGCCUCACCGCCGACGGCCGCGUCCUCUCCCGCUACAUGCGAUCCGAAUGUAUCAAUUAUAAUUACACCUACGAGUCUCCUCUCCCCAUUGGCAGACUCGUCGUUCAGCUCGCCGACAAGGCACAGGUUUGCACUCAGCGGUCAUGGAAACGUCCUUAUGGGGUUGGUCUCCUGGUAGCUGGAUUAGAUGAAUCGGGAGCUCACCUCUACUACAACUGUCCCAGUGGAAACUAUUUUGAAUAUCAGGCUUUUGCUAUUGGGUCUCGCUCUCAAGCUGCAAAGACAUAUUUGGAACGCAGGUUUGAUAACUUCAUGGGUUCUUCCCGAGAAGAUCUAAUCAAAGAUGCACUUAUUGCAACUAGGGAGUCCUUGCAAGGUGAAAAACUGAGGAGUUCUGUAUGCACUAUUGCUGUGGUUGGAGUUGGUGAGCCAUUCCACAUUUUAGAUCAGGAAACUGUUCAACAGUUGAUUGAUACUUUUGAGAUUGUGAAGGAGGAAGAACCUCCAGCUGAAGAAGCUCAGCCAGCAUCCGAGCAGGAUGCUCCCACAGACCAGACUUCUGGUGCAGAUCAAGGUGCUGCUGCUGGAGACCAAGGUGGUUCUCCUAUGGAAAUUUGA